AUGGGCGAGCGCGACUCGGACCGUCGUCGCACAACCGCAACCGGGCCCGCGGAACCAGGAUUCUCUUCCAUGGCGAUGGGCUCGGGUCGGGGCGAAAAUCUGGAUUGGGUUGUGACCCAAUCAAUCUUGGUAGAAGAAAAGGACCCAGAAAUUCAAAAAAUUCAAAAUGGAAAAUGGAAAAUUGAAAGAAAAAUCAUUUCAUGA